AUGACGCAAAAUGUCGAGCCCAUGACUGCUGAUCACUGCUGCUCCUGUUUUGGAAAUUCUAGCUUACAAUUCGCGGACAUGACGGACAUCUCGGCCUGGCAUCCUGUAUCUCUGACCCCAAAGAAGCAGAUCAAUGUCUCGAUAGGAAGCGGUUACCCUCAGGAUUGGUCGGGGGACCUCCUGGCAUUGGGCGUCUUCGAGGGUGAUCUCCCGUCCAAAGAGGGGAGCUUAUCCGGAUGCCUGGCCACCCUGGAUGCAAGCCUGGAUGGCGCCAUCGAAGAUAUCAUCCAGACAUAUGAGUUCAAGGGCAAAGAGGGAAGCCAGCAGGCGGUGCGCGUGGGCGGCAAGAUCAAGAAUGUGGUGUUGAUCGGGCUCGGCAAGGUGGAGGACGCUGCCCUGGAGGCCAAGUGGGGCCUGUCCCUGUUCCAGACACUGGGUGCAGCGGCCGCUGCCGCUGCCAAGACGACCAAGGCCAGGACCCUUGCCCUGGCACUCACGCAGCUUCCCCCCGUAGACGAGGGGGAGGCUAGCGGCAAGGCAGCCAAUGGCCUCCUGCACGCCAUCUACGAGACCAGCCGCUUCAAAUCCAGCGAGACGGGCCCCAAGCUGGAGAGCGCGGAGCUGCUCUUCGGUGGAAAGGACGGCGCGGCGGCUGUGCAGCGGGCGCAGGCCUUUGUGGCGGGCGCGACCCUCACGCGCUACCUUGUCGAGGCGCCGCCAAACGUGUGCACGCCCGCUCACCUGGCCCAGGCUGCGGAGGAGAUCGCCGAGUCAGCGCCCGACGUCUACCAGCUCAAGGUGCUGGAGAAGGCCGACUGCGAGGCGCUGAAGAUGGGUCUGUACCUCGGCGUGGCAGAGGCCUCCGCCCUUCCGCCCAAGUUCAUCCACCUGACCUACACCGGUGCAGGGGAGAUCAAGAGGCGGGUCGGCAUCGUGGGCAAGGGCCUCACUUUUGACAGCGGAGGUUACAACAUCAAGGCGGGGGCGGGGUCCAUGAUCGAGAUGAUGAAGAUCGACAUGGGCGGGUCUGGCGCCGUCCUGGGCGCGGCCAAGACCCUGGCCCUGCUCAAGCCUGAGGGCAUCGAGGUGCACUUUGUGAUCGCCGCCUGCGAGAACAUGGUGGCGGGGGGCGGCAUGCGCCCGGGGGACAUCCUGGUGGCCUCCAACGGGAAGACGGUGGAGAUCAACAACACCGACGCAGAGGGGCGUUUGACCCUGGCGGACGCGCUGCUGUACGUUCAGAACCAGGGCCAGCUGGACGCGGUGGUGGACAUCGCGACGCUGACCGGCGCGUGCAUGAUCGCGCUGGGCCCCGCCAUAGCUGGCCUGUAUGGCUCCAGCGACGCGGCGGCCGAGGCGGUUCAUUGA